AUAAAAUUCCAACAGAUAGUACAAAAUUAGAGCACAAAUAUUUAGGGGACUUUCUGACAAAUUUCCAAAUCCACUACCAUCAUUCUUGUUGAUUUUAUUCUCUGCAAAUCUCAAUUAUUCUUCUCCUUUGCUUCGUUUUUUGAGUUGGAUUUUCUUCAUUUUCCAUAAAAGAUUACUCUUUUGGAUAGUUUUUUGGCUUAAUAAUCAGAGACUCAAUCUGUAAGUUCUAUUUGUGGUCAGCUUCAUGGAUUCUCCACAGUCUGUUGUGUCACCAUUUAAGGGUUCCUCCGUUUUCGCGGACUCUGAGAAGCAAAGCAAUGAGUUUUUCAGCAAGAACCCUUCUGGCCUAUCCCGGGGAAUUUCUGCUCAUAGAGAGGAGGCCGAAGUCUGCAACAUGGAGGACUUCAUUGGUGUUCUCGACGUGUACGUACAUCAGGCUAGAGAUAUCCACAACAUCUGCAUUUACCAUAAACAAGAUGUUUAUGCAAAACUUUGCCUUACAAGUGAUCCUGAAAGUUCAGUCUCCACUCAAACCAUUAAUGGCGGUGGGAAAAGUCCAGUCUUCAAUGAAAAUCUAAGGCUCAAUGUUCGUACGAUAAAAUGUUCUGUUAAAUGUGAGAUAUGGAUGAUGAGCAGGGUGAGGAAUUAUUUGGAAGACCAAUUGUUGGGAUUUGCACUAGUCCCCCUAUCUGAAAUCUUCUUGAAAAAUGGAAAGCUAGAAAAAGAGUUCUCUCUUUCGUCGACUGAUCUCUUUCACUCCCCAGCAGGAUUUGUGCACUUGUCCCUUUCCUACAAUGGAACUUCACCUGAAGUUAUUGAAAUUCCUGCAUUUCCCAUAUCAGAAACUGAUGCAUCUCGGACAGACAGCGAAGCACGUGAGUCCCUUCCAAAUGAGUUUGACAAAAUUGAGUUCCCAGAUCCUAAGAUUGUAAAUGAGAAUAAUCUUAUGGUCUCCGAGUACUUCAAUAUGCCAGGCAGUAAUCCAGAUUCUCAAUGCUCGGAUAGCUUGGUCUCUUCUGAUACAGAAAACCAGCUCAGCCCAGAAGUUGAUGUCCAUAUGGAAAAUGUUCCAAGUGAGGUUGCUAAUUUCCACGAAUAUCCAAAGCGUGAUUCGCCUCCUAGCAGCAUAUCAACCAUCGACUCUCCAACAGCUUUGCAUCCCGCAAGCUCUCAGUCCUCCGAGACCCAAGGAGCUUCCAAGUCUCCAGGGGAAGAAUAUGCGUCAGCCUCUAAAGAAUGUCCCACAGGUAAAAAUAAUGUUGGAAAUUCUGAGAGCAACAUAUCGGAAAGCAAGCCCCCCAGUGCAUUUCCAAAGCCAGUGGUCAUUGAGCCAGAGCAAAAGGUUGUGCAACAGGAUAUUGUGGAUAUGUACAUGAAAAGUAUGCAGCAAUUUACUGAGUCAUUGGCAAAGAUGAAGCUUCCACUGGACAUUGAAAAUGGGACAACCAGUUCUGAGAAUUCAAGUUCAGAUCAGACAUCGCAAACACCCAAAAGCACUAGCUCACGGGUGUUCUAUGGCAGCAGAGCUUUCUUCUAAGCUUUUGUGAAUGGUUCUCGAAUGACCUAUAGCGCGAUUAGGAGCAAGUCUAAAAGGAUAAGUGAACACUAAGGAUUUUAUGAAUGUGGUAUUUAUCCAUUUUAUCUUGUGAAUGCUUAAAAUGCUCUGAACUAAUCAACUUUU